CUUAUUUCCCAUAAUGCCUUUCUCAGAUUCUCUCUUCCGGUUGUCGUGUUGUUCGUGCGGCAGCAAAACGUCUGAUCCGAAAUGGCCAAGUCCAAGAACCAUACCACACACAACCAAUCUCGCAAAUGGCAUAGAAAUGGCAUCAAGAAGCCAAGAUCACAGCGCUACGAGUCAUUGAAAGGAGUUGACCCCAAGUUCCUGAGGAAUAUGCGAUUUGCAAAGAAACACAACAAGAAGGGGAUGAAGACCAUUGCAAAGAAAGAGGCACCCAAAUAGACAGGAGGAAUAUUCCACAUGAACCAUCUCUGUGUAUAAUAUUCCAAAAAGACUGUUUAUUGCUGUCCAAAAUAAAGCCAUGCUUUGUUAAUUGGUA